UUUGGAGACAUAGGACGUCACCAUCGGCGGCAUUGUAGCAUCAAUGCAUACCACCUUUACACCUGAUGGAUGGUUAUUUAUUUUAUCGCAGAAGAGUUUAUGUGACGUGUUAAGAAAUAUAGCGGUAUCGGUCAUUCCUUGUCGUACUAUGGAAUAUUAUUUUUUUUUUUAAAUAUUUAAAAGUAUGUAAAUUAACUGAGUCAUGUUCAUAAAGUAAAUAUUUUUAUAAUUUUAUUAACUCGAAAUAAUGGCCGGCCAAAAGUUUCAAUACGACGAAAGUGGAGCUACAUUUUUUUAUUUUAUAUUGUCAUUUUUAGCUCUCUUAUUAAUUCCUGGCACUUAUUACUGGUGGCCCAGAAAACAAAAAGAGGAUCCAAAAGCAUUAGCCUCAGAAUGUUAUUGUCCGGGUUGUCGAAAAAAAAAACUUAUUCUGCAAUCUACAAAACCAUGGGAAUUAAUGAAAAGGACAUUAAUAAAAGGCGUCAUUAUUGCUGGAUGGGUAUUAUUAGCUUUCCUUGCUUAUAAAGUGUCUCAGUUUGAUUAUGAAAGUGCAAGUUUUGAUCCAUAUGAUAUUCUUAAUGUUGCAAUUGGAGCAAAUGAAAAAGUAAUUAAAAAAGCAUAUCGUAAAUUAUCAUUAAUUUAUCAUCCAGACAAGGAAACUGGAGAUGAAAAAAAAUUCAUGAAACUUACAAAAGCUUAUCAAGCAUUAACUGAUGAUGAAUCAAGAAGAAACUGGGAAAAAUAUGGAAAUCCUGAUGGACCUGGUGCAAUGAGUUUUGGAAUUGCUUUACCAUCAUGGAUUGUAGAAAAAGAAAAUUCAGUUUGGGUCUUGGGUCUUUAUGCUUUAGUAUUUAUGAUUGCUCUUCCUACAACAGUUGGUAUGUGGUGGUAUAAAUCUAUCAGAUAUUCUGGAGAUAAAGUUUUGUUAGAGACAUCUCGUAUGUAUUAUUAUUUUUUACAUAAAUCAAAUUCAAUACCACUUAAACGAGUAAUAAUGAUUUUAAGUGCCUCAUUGGAGUUUGAAAAAAAAUACAAUAGUGAAAUUGUUGAAAGAUCUUCAGAUGAAUAUGAAAUGCCCCAGCUUAUUAAGCAACUUUACAAUUUUGCAGAAAAAGCACAAAAAGAACCACCUUUGUCUUAUAAUUAUUCUAUAAAAGCUAGAGCUUUAAUACAUGCACAUUUAUCUCGUUUAACACUGAAAGCAGAUACAUUAGAUUUAGAUCGUAUGUAUAUCGUGAAAAAAUGUCCAUAUUUAAUACAAGAAAUGGUUGGUGUUGUUUCUCAAUUAAUUUUGUUAGCAUACGCUCAAAGAGUGCCUCGUUUACUUAAUAUUGAAACAAUAGAAAACUGUAUGAAGCUUUGUCCCAUGAUAGUUCAAGCAUUAUGGGAGUAUAAAAGUCCUUUUAUGCAGCUACCAUACAUAACAGAUGAUCAUCUGAAACAUUUUGAUAAUAAAAAGAAACGUGUUAGAAGUAUUCAGCAUCUUGCUCAGUUGAAAAAUGAUGAAAGACGAAGUACUUUAAAAUUUUUGUCUGAUAGUCAGUAUGAAGAUUUAGUUAAAGUAUUAGGUAGAAUGCCCUAUUUAGAUUUUAAAGUUCGUUGUGAAGUUAUUGAUGAUGAAGCUACUACAGUUUAUACUGCUGGAGCUAUUGUAACUGUAACUGUACAAUUGAAGAGAAGAGAUAUGAAAGUAUUGUUUGGAGAUGAAUCAUAUGCAGAUAAACAUAUUGAAUUAGAAAAAAAUACCACUAAAGAAACAGAUAAAAUAGAAAAACAAGAUAAACCUAUAUCAAAUGGGAAUGUAGUAGAAAAUAAUGUUGAUUCUGAAAAUAAAGAAGGAAAAAAUAAUGAAAAAGAAAAAAAAAUAACCAAAGGUAUUUGGCAACAAAAGCGUCAAUCAGGUAAAGGUAAAAAGAGUGGAAAUAUCAAAAAACCAAAAACUACUUUAUCUGCAUCAGCCAAGAAAAAAAUCAAAAAGAAAGAAAAAUUAGAAAAAGCCAAACUGGAAGAGCCUGAUACCAAAGAAAACGAAGAUGAUAAAAGUAAAGAGAAAGAACUACUCAAAGAAGAAAAAGAUGGUAGUUUAUCAUCUGAAGAUGAUUCAGAUUCUGAUAACGAUAGUUCUAGUGAUGCUUCUCCUGAUGAGUCAGAUAAAUCAGAUGCUGAAGAAACAACAGAUAAUAAAAAAAAGGUUUCAGCAAAUAAUGAUGAUGAUGAUGAUGAUUGGGAUAAAUUUCAAUCUGGAGCUAAUAAAAAAGAUCGAGUACUUGAGGGAAGAACUAAACAAUCACAUUUGGUUCAUUGUCCUUACUUUCCUGAAGAAAAACAUGAAUAUUGGUGGGUUUAUUUAAGUGAUAGAAAAAGUCGUACUUUAUUGACUGUUCCAUAUCAUGUGACAGAAUUAGUUGACGAAGAAGAAAUUCAAUUAAAAUUUACUGCUCCUAGAUGGCCAGGAGUUUAUGUAUUUGCUGUUUGUCUGAGGUCUGAUUCAUACUUUGGCUUUGAUCAAAUGCAUGAUAUCAAAUUGGAUGUAAAAGAAGCACCAGAACCUUUAACAGAACAUCCUCAAUGGGAUAUGGGAUCUGAUGAGGAAGAUUACAAACAAGAAGAAGACAAACAAAGUGAUAUAUCUGAAUUCACAACUGAUGAUGAUGUUGAGGAUUAAAAAAAAAUACAAGCUUUAGGAGACCUGACCAAUAAAGAAGUUCAAAACAAUAAGUAGAAUUUAAAGUGUCAAGUAUUAUGUCAAUGCUCAGAUAUGAACUAUGUCAGAUCAACAGAUAAUAACCUUAUUUUAUAAAAUAUAUAUAUAAAACAAUU